ACAAAGACCUCGUUUACUCACACCACCGCGCUUGCUCAGCGCUGCACGGGUAGGGCCAGCACAUUCAGCCACAUCUACGCCAACAAUCACAACUCGCUCGUGUCAAACUAUCGUAAAGCUUUCCUCGGAACCGGACAAAGCAGCCGCAGCGAAUGACCACUUGUGCUUGCAAGAAGCCUUCGGGCACCCCGAUCUCAUCACGCCAUGCGACGGGCUGGAUCUUGAGCAGCAUCUGGGAUGGGUCUAGUGGCUGACGAGGACCAGAGUACCGCAUGCUUCCUCGUGGCUCUCAAUGAAGCGUGCAGCGCAGUAUAGCGCCGCUCGCGAGCGCUGCGGCCAGAUGGUGCAUGUCUGUGGGCAACCAGAGAGCAUAGCUCAUAAGUUCGCCGGCUCGCCCUUUGCAUCUCUCAUUCUUGAUCGCCUCCAUCCGUUCCCUCCAAGAUGCGGCUCAUACAAGGAGUCCUGCUCCUCGGCGCUGUCGCUCUCGGCAACCCCGUUGCUGAGCUCCAAGAUCGACAGGCUCCUGCCGCCAGCGCUUGCUCUACGCUCGCUGGGCGAUGUACACGCGUGGCCAGCCUACGGAGUAGCGCCAGCGCGUUCUGUGGUUCACUCGGGAUUGGCACUCUCAUCAACACUGUCACAACCACAGUCGUUGUUAGAAGGACAACAACUUUUACCGCUCCAACCAGCACAAGUACCAUCACAUCGGACUACUUUUUCGGAUGUGGAUUCGUCAUCUACGAUUACUUCCAGCUCGGAAACGACUGCGCUGCCCGUUGUACCGGCUCGUGCGCCGCUUUCGACUACUAUUUCGAUGGCGCCAGCGUCUUCUGCGAGACCAUGGCCGCCGUGGUUUCCGUGUAUGCAGGAGCCGAAUGCGACCCUUCCUCCCUAUGGGGAGGCUACUUGCGAAUCAGUACCCGUGCUGCGACGACUACCACUGCAUCGCGCACAAGUACGACUCCCGCACGCAUCACUUCGUCCACGCCAACGUCCGUGAGGGCGUCCGUUACAAGUCUCGCAUCAGUUGCAAUAUCCACGACCGCAAGGAGGAGCUCUACAACUUUCACCUCGUCUCCCACCAGGGCUGCUGCGAGUAGCUCGACCACCGCCGGUAUUCCUGGUUCCUUGACUACAUCUUCGAUGGUCGCCAGCAGCGGCUCAUCUUCAACCUCUCGAAGUCCAGCCGCCGGCUCAACCACCGCUGGUGUGUCCUCCAUCACGGCGUCCACACGAAUCUCUGCGACUUUUCGGACGACAACAAGCUCGGCAACGACGCAAACAAUCACCUCAGCUGCCAGUGCCCAGUCAAUGGGCUUGGGCUGCUCGAAUCCGGAUGUCACGACAAUGACGUACGGCAGCAUCGCGUCUGCAUACAAUUACUGCAUUGGCGCUCGGCUCCUAUAUCCGCGGACUCAGGACGGCGACGGCUAUGGCGUAUUCGUCGACUCUGUCAACGACUGUGCUUCUCGGUGUACGGGCCUGUGCAGAGCUUUCAAUUACGAUGGGGCGUAUGGCGAUAGCGAUAGGAAGUUCUGUGAGCUCAUGCCUAGCUGGACUGGGGCCAACCCUUCACAACCCGGGAGCUACUACAGGACGGCUUACGCUCUGCGAAGCACAAGCACUGUCACGAUCACUUCUACCGCAGAAGCGGGUCUUAUCACGGAGCUAUCCUCCUUUGAAUAUACUGCAACUUCACAAGUAAGCAGUACAACGACUGCUUCAUCGGUACCCACGCAAACGCCAUCCUCGCCCACGACCAAGGCGACUACUACUCCUCCACUGUCGACGUCGUCCACUGUCCUCACUACGGACCGAUGCCCGAUGCCCACCAGGAUCGAAGUCACCACCAGCAGUAUCGUUACGGCGUAUGAUUCUUGCAACGGCUUCAUGGACUCAUUGGACGCCUCUCUUGGAUAUCAGAAUGGAGUCACCAACAUAGCUCAAUGUGCCGCUCGCUGCACAGGCUCAUGUGUGGCGUUCGAUUGGAGUGGUGUUAGUUGCUUCACAAUUGGUCGGGUCCGAGCGCUCACCAUAAUAUCAUCGGGCUCAUACACGGCGUUCUCCAUUGUUAGCACAAGAGCACUGAACGUGGCAAUCACGACUACACAGUCUUCCACAACACAAGAGCCUACCACAUCAGUACAAAGCACGACUUUUGGAACCUCCACCAGCGCCAGCAUCGGAACGCCCACCACGUCAAGUAGUGCGACUUCCAGUUCCGCAGAUACCAGCAUUCCCCUGAGCACAUCGGCCACGACCCCAGCGAUCACGCAGGCGCCCCGUGGUCCGGGCUGUCCUACACCAACCAGAACCGAGAUCACUCAAACAGGCAUCGCUACAUUGUACGAUUAUUGCAACGCUUACAUGGCCCAGAAUGCGCCGGUCGGCAAUGUCUAUGAAUGGCGCAUCCCAAGGGACGCAUGUGCUGCUCGCUGCACAGGCGACUGCUUUGCCUUCAAUUACUUGGUGGACGGAGGUACCACAUCCUGCCAGACGAUCACGGCUAGUGUUUCCACUGUCCGCGAGUACGAAUACUCCUGGCGCGCCUACUCGCAAGUCGGGACUCGAAUCGUGACUGGCCCGGAAGCGUCGGCCACAUUGGACAAAUUUCUGGGAUGUGCAAAUCCAUCACGGACUACCUUUUCCCAGAGUCAAAUAGCUACUGUGUAUAACUACUGCACGGGCUCGUAUCUGCAGUACGAUCCCGGCUACAGUGGCCAAAUCUACGCUGUGGCUCCGGGCGAUCCCAGUCGCUGUGCAGCUCUGUGCACUGAUCAGCCCUACGGAUGUCAAGGAUUCAACUACGUGGAUCGCAGCACGACGGCUGAGUGCCAUACCCUUCGCGGGGUCUGGGGCGAAACCACUGGGGUUGCAUCCGCUACCGCUUACCAGUUCGUCAGUACCAGUACCCUGCCAGGGGUGACGAGUACAACUUCCGCGAGAGCGCCUGCGGUCGGACUUGUGGAUGGUCUUCGCCUCGCACGCCGCCACGACGAUGCACAGCCAAUUGAGAAACGACAAGCUGCUAGCUCCGUGAAGCCAGCUUGCCUCGCGGCGACCAACGCAAUGCAGACGACCGCAGCCUGCAAAUGCAUCAUCCCAAGCCCGACGGUGACCACUGCAACGACAAUCCGAGCUACGUCAACAAGCAUCAAAAUUGUCGUCACCACGAGAAGGAUGAUCAAGUCCUCUACCUUCACGCCUACGACCUCGGUCACUGUAUACCCAGACACUGUCAUCAGUAAGACCCGAGUCAUUACCAGUGUCCGCCGCAUGACCGUUAUCUCUCCAACGACUGUGGCGUGGGCGCUUGCCUCAGCGGCGACUCCGACUGCUUUCUACAUCAUGGGCGGCGACAACGGGGACUUGCAUGCGCGAUGGCACACCGAAGAUGACGAUCAUCUUGGCAACAUCGACUUUAAUCAGCCCGGUUACUUAGAUGCAUCUUUGUUCAGUCUCGACGGUAACGGAAAACUCGGACUCACUGGCUUCAGUGACGAUACCGACGUCUAUCCGGUCCGCGGAGAGCUGGUCAGCCACCCUGAUCAUCAGCUGAUGAUCAUGCAAGCCGCAGACGAUGGAUCGGGCGAGCCAACGACGUGCUCAAUCGACGGCACAAAGGAUGGUAUGUGCCGUAUGUCUUGCAAGAGCGGGGAAUUCCGUGUCAACGAGGUACAAGGCGGAAGCUGGACAAUGUGGCAAUCUGGCGCCGUCUCAGACAGUGGCUUCACAAAGUACAUCUAUGCUGUGGAAGAUCCAUGGGAAUGGGAGGUCGAGGGGAAGAGAAAGAAGAGCAAGAAAUGA